GACUGCUCGACGCUAGUGGACUGUAACUCUCGCUCAAAGUCGCGCUCGCAUGUUGCUGUCUUUGCCUCGUCAUCAUCGCCAUUGAUCAUCCCCUUCAUUCGCCGCCCGCCAUGCCAGUCGUCAAUGGCGUCAAGAUGGCCUGCGAGAACUGCAUCCGCGGUCAUCGCAGUGCCGUAUGCCCACACACGUACCGACAACUCUUCGAGGUCCGCUCAAGGGGUCGACCUAAAGGCUGUACCAUCGACAAGUCGACUGGCAAGUGGACAAAGCCAACAGCAAAGCAGCCUCGCAAGUCGAGAUGCUGCGGCGAGGACAAAUGCAAAUGCCUCGUGGUCGACGACGACGUCAUCGAAAAGAGGGACUGUGAUGCCUGCGGACCUGGCCUGGCCCAGAGACCCUUGACCACGCCCGUAGACCUCGCAGCAGACGUGGCAGCCGCAGCUGCUGAGGCUCCCUCCCCAGCUCACUCCUUCUACGUAGAGUUUGACUGCACUUGUCAAGGCGCAUGCUCGUGCUUGGGAUGCAAUAAGCACGGCAAAAGUCAAGAGCCAGAGGCGCCUGCCAGCUGCUGCUCCUCGCGGUCAAAGGCAAAGUCGAAGACGCCACCCCAGCAGCCAGCGCGACCUGCAACAGAAGAGUGCUGUACCAGCUGUCUGCCUUGCGUCAUUGCGCCAUUCGACAGACCAGGCGCGAUUCCUGCCGCAUCCUCGUCGUCUGAGCCUGCACCUACGCCACCAAUGGACCUCGCCACCUUCCACCGCACCCACAUCGACGAUCCUGAGCGACGCUCCUGGUUUCGAGCUCAGAUGGAGCAAGAGGAAAGCAGUGGAAGCGGUAGCAGCAAUGUCAGCGACAGUCUUCGAUCCACCUCCGAUGGCACUCUUGACCCUGUCAGACGACCGCGUCCACCAGCGAACGCCGAGGUCCCGUGGGGCGAACGGCUUCCAGGUGAGCUGGACCAUCAGUGGCAAAAACGCAUGGGCUUCAACUACCUCACUCCGGAUAGUGUGCGCAUCUUUGACACUGCGCGCGAGUUUAGAGAAGAGAGGCAGCGGGAACGCGAGCAGGAGGAACAAGUCGAAGAGGAGGAGAAGAUCGAACGACAAAGUCAACAGCAGCAAGACCAGCAGCGGGCCAAGAGGGCCCAAGCUACCGUCGAAAGCCAAGCCCAGGAUGAGGCAGAGUUGGAUGAGCUGAGACGCCAGGCCUUGUCUGGUAGACGCAAGAAGCCGAGGGUGGAUGAGGGCCCUGCCGUAGCUGCACCGAUGACGACAUCGUCUUACUGAAAGUCGAUCGCAUUGCGGCGAGAAGGGGAGACGCCGUUUGCACCAUACCAUCCUUGAUACCCCAUACAUACUUCCAAUGCCUCCGCAUUCGCCGUCUUCCUACGGAGACACUCGAGACAUCACGAGGGCAGCAAUCUCGCGCUAGUCUUUUGCUAUCGGUGAGUACUAAGACUAGCUGAGUUGGAAGAGGCAGCCACUAGUAGAUGGCGCGUUGUACGAUGAUCAACACCGCUUCAGAUGUCAUCCUUGAUCGUAAGAGGAGCGGAAGCUGCUCCCUUUGACGAGACGGUAUAGGGCAAGAUUCCCAUUCUCGCGUCUUCCUCUACUCAGGCGGGCUGCCCCCUCCCCCCUUCGUCAGCCAC